AUGAUCACUGGAUCGUUUGAUGAGAAAGGAGAAAACUUCGCGCAGCUCACAGAAGAUAGCAGACUGAAGAUCUGGGACGUCACGUCUGGAGCAGCGUCAAGCGAAUUUUCUCCGACUGGGAAGCAUGCAGCUGAGCUGACAUGCGUGAGCUGGGGGAAAGCUUUGCCAGUGACGAGCUCGGCGAAGAAGAAGAAGUCGAAGAGAGGAGCAGACCUGGUGGCGAUUGGAACAGGAGCGGGAAAGAUUCUCCUGUGGGAUUGCGUGAAAGGAGAGCUGAGGAAAACGCUCGGGGGAGAGAAGUCCGGGCACACGGGAAGGAUCAACGACAUUGUGCUCACGUCCGGAUCCAACUUGUACUGCUGCACUGAUGACUGCUUCUUCUCAUGCUGGAACAUCGAGACUGGGGAGAUGACGUGGAAGGUUGCUGUCGGCAAGCAGUCAGCGAACAGGCUGGCGUUGCGUUCAAGUGAGGAUGAGAUUGUAACGGCCAGCUCGGCGAUCAAGGUCUGGGACUUGGCGACACGAAAGACGAAGCGCAAAUACCCGGGUCACGCGUCAAGGGUUGUCUGCCUGGCCUACUCGGCCGACUCUCGUUUCCUGGUCUCGGGCGCGAGCGAUCGUUUCAUCAGCCUGUGGGACUCCUCCUUCGAGACCGACAAUACCGUCGCUCUCAAGACCUUCACUCUUGACUCCUCUCCGACUCAGAUCUCGCUAGUCGGAGGCACGGGGGAGAGCAUGCAGAUGCUGGCUGUGUCCGAGGGCGGGUCAGUCUCUGUCUGGCGAUUUUCUCCUCCCAAAGGGAGCUCGAAGAAGAGGACCUCCGACGGCACCGUCACCGAGAUCCCUCAGAUGCCGUCGACCAAGGUCUCGAUGAAGGAUGGGAAGUCUCAGAUCUACAACGCGAGAUUCGAGGGAAGUGACAACGUCAAGAUCUGCCACGGGACUUCCUUCCUCCCUCUCUUCACUUCAGUCCAGAUUGUCGACAAGUCAAGUGCUGAACUUGUGUCGGAAGUGGCGGUGGAGGGAGGAAACAGCAACCUGCUCGGGCUGACCUCCAGCUCCAAGAAGAAGAAGGCUGCCAAGGACGUUUCUGAGAGCUACGACCUCAACGAGGUACCCGUAAGGGGAGUCAAUGCUGACAACAAGGCGACGAAGGAGAAUCACGCACAUGCAACGGACAAGGAAAUGAAGGGGCCGGGAGCUCGUGCUGAUCACUACGAGGAGGAGGACGCAGGGAGUAUCGCAGACCCCGAGGAGACGCUAGAAGCGAAGGUAAGGAGGAAGGUGGACCCGUUCAUGCCUGAGCUCCGAGGGCAGGUGAAGGCGCUGGGGAUAGAGGUGAAGGGACAGCAGCAGGGCAAGGAGGGAGUCGCAGGGAGCCUCAAGGCUGACUCGAUCCACGUGGUGCUGAAGCAAGCGCUGGACAGCGACGACAAGGCGCUGGUGCAGGAGUGUCUGGGGGUCACCAACCACCAGAUCAUCAACGAGACGGUCAGGCGCCUCCCUCCCAAGCACGUCACGAUGCUUCUCAAGAAGAUCGUCGCCAAGUUCCAGCAGAAGCCUGCGCGCUCCCUGGCGCUGGUGACGUGGAUCAAGGCGAUCCUGACCCAGCACACUUCGCUCCUCAUGUCCCAGCCCGACCUGAUCAAGAACCUCACGCCCCUCUACCAGAUCGUCGAGAACAGAAUCAACACAUACCACAAGCUGCUCAAGCUCGAGGGCCGACUGGACUUGGCGCUCACGCAAGUGUCGAACCAGUCCGGCUUCCAAGGAGGGAACGCGUACAGCAGGGAUCCGGAAGUGAUUGUGGAUGAGAAUGUUGGGGAGGCUGAUGACGUGAUUGGAGUUGAUGAGGCGUCUGGGGACGAGGAUGACGAGGAAGGAGCGGAAGGAGAGGAGGAGGAGGAGGAAGGGGAGGAGGAGGAGGAAGGGGAGGAGGAGGAGGAGGACGAAGACGACGACGGGGAAGAUGACGGGGACGGCAUGAACAUCGAGAAGGAUGACGAAGCUUUGAGUGAUGAAUCCGACUAAGUAAGCAACUCCACGGCUGACGGAGGAGACGGGAUCUCGAGUCUUGUCCUAGUGGAGACAUGUAGACAUUAAACGAUGAGACGAUC